CGUCACAUUGAUAAUAGUUAAUAUAAAGUUCAACGGAUCAACCAAUUCCACAAUCUUCAAUCAUUUUGUGACUCUUCGAGCACUCUCUUCUCUCUGUCUCUCUGUGACUCACAUUCAUCCAAUCCAACUCUCGAGGUAUGUCGACUUCUGAGGAUAAACCAGAACUCCUCAGUAGAGUUCAUCAGGAGGGUGACGUGGAAAUUGUCGAUAGAAGUCAGAAGGAUAAGGACGAGGAAGAAGAAGGGAAAGGUGGAUUCCUCGAUAAGGUGAAAGAUUUCAUUCAUGACAUUGGUGAGAAAAUCGAAGGAACCAUUGGGUUUGGGAAGCCAACUGCUGAUGUCUCUGCGAUUCAUAUCCCCAAGAUCAAUCUUGAGAGGGCAGAUAUUGUUGUGGAUGUGCUUGUGAAGAACCCGAAUCCAGUUCCUAUCCCUCUGAUCGAUAUUAACUACCUGGUCGAGAGCGAUGGGAGGAAACUGGUUUCGGGAUUGAUCCCGGAUGCUGGAACCCUCAAGGCUCACGGAGAAGAAACUGUGAAGAUACCAUUGACUUUGAUCUAUGAUGACAUCAAGAGCACUUACAACGAUAUCAACCCCGGGAUGAUCAUACCUUACAGGAUCAAGGUUGAUCUUAUUGUGGACGUGCCAGUAUUGGGAAGACUGACAUUGCCGCUGGAGAAAUGUGGAGAGAUCCCAAUUCCAAAGAAACCCGACGUUGAUAUCGAGAAGAUUAAGUUCCAGAAGUUCUCUUUGGAAGAAACCGUGGCGAUCCUCCACGUGAGGCUUGAGAACUUGAAUGAUUUCGACUUGGGGCUCAAUGACUUGGACUGUGAAGUUUGGUUGUGUGAUGUAAGCAUUGGGAAAGCAGAGAUCUCAGACUCGAUCAAGCUUGACAAAAACGGAAGUGGGUUGAUUAAUGUGCCAAUGACAUUCCGACCAAAGGACUUCGGUUCUGCGCUUUGGGAUAUGAUUCGUGGGAAAGGAACUGGGUACACUAUCAAAGGUAAUGUUGAUGUUGAUACACCAUUUGGAGCUAUGAAGCUUCCGAUUAUCAAGGAAGGUGGAUCGACCCGUCUGAAGAAGGAAGAUGAUGAUGACGACGAUGAUGAGGAGUAAAAGGAAAAGAGCCCAAGAGCAAGAGUGGUCAAGUACUGAAUCCAGACUUCCAGUCCAGACUUCCAGUCUUAAAACAUAUUUAAAUUAUAUGAAAGACUUUAUUUUGUGUGCUUUUGGUAACUGAUGGAUCAGACUUCUGAAUAGAGCUGUCUUUUUUUGGACUUCCUAUAUCA